CCAAUUAUCGCUCCUAAAGCUUUCUCCUCUUUGGACUACUAGAGGAAGAUCAAGUGCCUCUAGUUAACGAGUCUCGCUUUUCUCAGUUGAGACCGACUAGUUCAAUGAAAAGUUAUUAAUAAAUCGGAGUAUAUUCGUGAGUUGGCAACUAUGGCUUCCAAUAUGAAUAGGGGUUAUCCAGUACCCAAUCAGAAUACAGUCCCCGGGAGUGUUGUUGUUCCUCCAGGUCCUACUCCAGUUCCAGUCCCACCUCCUGUCCCAGGUGUUAUCCAAAACCAAACAGGUGCCACAUCUAAUAUUCCUCUUUGUAUCAAGCAGGAGGGCAGUGCAAGUUCUCCUCUACCUCCAAGUGCAAUGGGGCCCAUACCGGGUCCUCCUGGCCCUGGCAUGCGACCACCUGACCGUCCUAUGACAUUACAGCAUGCCGGACCUCCUCCAAACCGUCAGUAUGGGACACCUGCACCUGUGUAUCAGCACCAUUUUCAGCCUCAGCCACAGCGUCCUACUUACCCGCCAGGUUCUCCAGCUCCUCCUCCUCAUGGACGUGUGGGCAUGGGACCCCCUUCCAACACCUAUGCAGGGGGCCCAAGGGCAGCUCAGGGUCCAAUUGGUCCGAUGACCAUGGAGUCACGCAAACGCCCUGCACCAGACCGAUCUGAUGGGAGGUCACAAGGAGCCACUUCUUCAAAGAGUGGUCCACCCCAGGGCAGCAGCACAGGGAAUACCAGUGGGCCUGCCUCUAGCACCAGUGGAGGGAGCAGCAAGAAGAAGAAGAAGCUUGCAGAGAAGAUCCUGCCACAGAAGGUGCGCGAUCUGGUUCCUGAAUCACAAGCUUACAUGGAUUUGCUGACCUUUGAGCGAAAGCUUGAUUCCACAAUCAUGCGCAAGAGGCUUGAUAUCCAGGAGGCUCUCAAAAGACCAAUGAAACAAAAGCGCAAGUUAAGAAUCUUCAUCUCCAACACAUUUUAUCCAGGUAAACCAGAAGGAGAAUCAGGUGAAGAGCCUACUGUUCCUUCUUGGGAACUCAGGGUUGAAGGAAGAUUGCUGGAUGAUCCCAAUGCUCCUAAAGCAGACCAAAGUAAAGUGAAGCGGAAAUUUUCAUCAUUCUUUAAAAGCCUGGUAAUUGAAUUGGACAAAGAUUUGUAUGGACCAGACAAUCAUUUGGUUGAAUGGCAUCGUACUCCCACCACUACUGAGACAGAUGGAUUCCAAGUAAAGAGGCCAGGCGAUAAAAAUGUGAGAUGUACAAUCCUUCUGCUUUUGGAUUAUCAGCCUUUACAAUUCAAACUGGAUCCCCGUUUAGCUCGUCUUUUGGGUAUCCACACCCAAACUCGACCGAUCAUCAUUGGAGCAUUGUGGCAGUACAUCAAGACGCACAAAUUGCAAGAUGCUCAUGAACGGGAGUACAUCAAUUGCGAUAAAUAUUUGGAACAGAUUUUUCAAUGUUCGAGAAUGAAGUUUGCUGAAAUACCUCAGAGGCUCCACCAGCUUCUUCACCCUGCAGAUCCCAUCGUUAUAAAUCAUGUCAUCAGCGUUGAAGGUCCUGAUACUAAGAAGACUGCUUGUUAUGACAUUGAUGUUGAAGUUGAUGAUCCUCUGAAAUCACAAAUGAACAGCUUCCUCCUAUCUACUGCAAGUCAGCAAGAAAUUCAGACUUUGGAUAACAAGAUACAUGAGACGGUAGAAACCAUUAACCAGCUAAAGACAAAUCGAGAGUUCUUCCUGAGUUUUGCAAAGGAGCCACAGCAAUUCAUCUACAAGUGGCUCAUCUCUCAAACUAGGGAUCUCAAGACCAUGACCGACGUUGUUGGAAAUCCAGAAGAAGAAAGACGCUCCGAUUUCUAUUACCAGCCAUGGGCACAGGAGGCUGUCUGCCGAUAUUUCUAUGGAAAAGUUAAUCAGCGAAGAGCUGAACUUGAACAGGCCUUGGGUAUCAGAAACACUUAAUAAGAAAAUGACUUCAAAAUGGAAUUUUCAAUGGGAAUCAAUAUUUCCAAAAUUAAAGAACAAAUUCUAAAACUAUAUGUUUGAGUAUGAAUUUGUAUGCUUUUAGGGUUUUCAUCUAUUAUAUUCAUGAUUUAUUUCAACAUUUCACAGCGUUUUUUUUUUUUUUAUAUAUAUAUAUAUAUAUAAUAUAUGAUUGAAUCAUAUCCUAACUGAAAAUUUAACAAACCUUGUGUGUGUAAUAACAUUUGUUCAAAUAUUCUAUUUAGGUCUUUUUUAAAAAAUGUAAAGUCCAAAUUGCAUUUCCUUUAUUGCAAAUGUAUAUAAUUUCUUUAUUAAUUAUAAUAGAUAGAAAAUUUUUGAAUUCAAUAUAAAAAUAUGUUUGACAUUUUUUCCCCCCUUACUGUCCUUGUCAAACAAGCAUAAUUUAUAAUUUAUUUCAAACCAGACAUUCAGAUGCAUUUUUGCAGCCAUUAAUGCCUAAUGCUGUUUUUGUAAGUAUUUCAAAAUCUUAUUUUAUCUGUGCAGAGUCUUGAGCCAAAAUCGUUAAAUUUUAAAAAUCCUAUAGUUUUGUAUAUGACCAUUGGAAUGUCUUAAUGCCCAUUUUGUAUACUUUUUAAAUCGAUUGUCCAUUUCAUUAUCUUGUUUUCCUAGAGAAUAGUUUACUUGAUACUCUCUGUAUAUUAUUUAUGUGACCAAGGAUGGUCAUAGACAAUGUUAUAGCAUGCACAAACAAAACUUCCUUAUUAUAUUCAACUUAUUUCGUCCUAUCAUUGUUUAUUAGCAAGUUAGAGCUAUUUGUAAUUUGGGCGAUCAUUUUGACUUAUGUGCAUCUUUAUUUUAUUUUUCAAAUGGAAGAGAAAAAAAAAAUGUUUGGUAUUGAAUUGUAUAGAACAGUAUAAAUUUAUGAAAAAGGAAAUGCAAAGACUUUGAGCUCAUUAAAAUUUGUUCAGAGUAUCUUUCUAAAGUUCAACUGUGAACAUGCUAUAUUUGUAUUUACUGUAAUUUAUUUAUUGAAUUACUAUCAUCUUUUAGAAAUACAUUUCUUAUGUAAAAUUUUGACAAAAUAUUCUUCUGUAUAUAUUCACUACCAUUUUAAGAUUUAAUUUUACCAAUUUCAUAAGUGCAUAAAUAAAAAUGGUUUGUAACCUGUUUGA